AUGCUUGAAGAAUAUCAGCAAAUUUAUCCAAAACUCGCCUAUAUUCUGAAUCAUCUCUUUUCACAGGAACGAAAUAUGGAUGACACCAAGAAGCUUCUCCAUCAAUUGUACAAUAUGAAGGAAGAAAUUGAGCGUGAACUCAGCUCAUCUGCAGAGACGAAUGCCGAUUUUUUAAAACAGAUGGAGGCUGAUGUCAAACUACAGAGUUACGUCGAGAUCAAAAAUGACCACAUUAAACCAAUGGGAGAUUCGAUAGAAGAAGUAAAUCGGAACAGUAAGGUUGACAUGACUUUGUUUCAAGGAGACAUGAACCUCGCCAAGAAACAAGCCGAAGAGAUAGUAAAUAAUCUAAAAGACAACGAAAGUGAUUGUAUCAGACGACAAGCAUAUCGUGACAAAAGUUACCCAAAAACCUUGUGGUCAAGUGGAGUGUAUUACUCUUUCCAUUCAAACGCAACAAAAGCGGCAAGAAGGGUAUUCACUAAAGCUGCCGAAGCCCGGCAGAACGAAACCUGCAUUAAAUUCUUCGAAAGCAACACAGCACCGGAUAGAAUUGUCGUUUUCAAAGAAGAUGGAUGUUGGUCACACCUUGGAAGAAUAGGAGGCCUUUCACUAGGAAGCGGAUGCGAGUCGGACGGGUGGUUAUCUCAGUUCACAAAGGAAACGAAACGCAAAAAUUACAACUAUGAGCUGAUCUAUGACUUCGGAAGUGUACUAUGGAGUGUGCACUAUGGAGCAACAGUUGUUUCAAGGAACAAGAAACCUGUCAUGGUACCACGCGGCAUCAAAUAUUUACAAACUCUCGGGUCUGACAUAAUUUCCUUUUACGAUAAACUUAUGACGAACUUGCACUACAAGUGUCUUAGUGAGAUGCUUACAUAUGGUUCCCGUUUCUUCUAA